CUGGUAAAUCGUACAGCAGACUUCGUCUUCGGUUAUUAUCGCAAACGAUCGAUUACCACGGAGCUCUAUACAAAUACUGUGCCGCAUUUUCAAAGUUCGGUGAUUGGGGCAAUUUAUCUCCGGCCCCAUGUAUUCAACACAUUCGAAGUACUGGCGUAUCCCUUUCACCUACAAACGUGGGGUGUAAUUAUACUCUGUGUCGCACUAAUUUUAACUGUGACCCGUUUGAUACGCCUGCAACAUCCCAAAUCAAUGCGAACCUUUUCGAUGCUAACAACUACCUUUGGUUUACCAAUUCGUGAAAAUAUCGAGUAUCGACAUUCGUAUUUAAUGCUUGGACCCUGGAUAUGGGGUACAUUCCUUUUACGAUCGAUUUACUCUGGCCUCCUCUACUAUCUGUUCAGUAACGAUAUCUACAAUAAAUUACCCCUUAGCCUACAGGAUGCCACAAAUCAGCAUUAUAUCUCGAUAAUGAAUCACUACACCUACUUUGAUGUUGAGAAUAUACCAUUCUACCGCCAGCGAUAUCGUCAUAAUCUACAACCGAUAAUUUUAAAUUCAAGCGAUGAAAUGAUCGCCAUUAAAUAUAUGGAAGAACAUCUGAAUCGCAAAACCUAUGCCGUGGUCUCGAAGGAAUUUUUAAUGUAUUAUACCCAGGAAAAUGAUAAAAUUGAAAUGUUCUACACAAUUCCGGAGACGGUUAUGAAGCAACAGCUGUCGAUUUAUUUCGCCAAGCAUACAUAUUUGGCUCGCCAAUUCGAUAUUACAAUUAGGGAUAUGAGAUCGAGUGGCCUUUUGGGGUAUUAUAUGAAGCGAUAUUUUGACACCCGAACUUCAAAGAAUUCCCAGCAAGUGAAAGAUAAAAUGAUCAAACAAAAUGAUCUGCUGGGUAUUUAUCUUAUUUGCGGGGUACUGAAUAUGGUGGCGAUAUUUACAUUUAUUUUGGAAGUACUGUCGAGGAAGGUGAAGAAAUUGAGAAUGUUAUUUGAUUAA